UUGCUGGCUGAAAGUAGGAGAGGACCCAUUCAAACUAAGCGGGCUAGUGUCAUAACCAAAAAGCGUGCUGCAUCCAACUUCGUAAAACCCUAGAUUUAAAAAUUAGGGUUCAUAUUCUAAAAUCCUCCCAAUUUGGGGUUUCUUUUCCUAUCUCGCAUUUUGGUUAGGGCGUCCAAUUCGUAGGGGAUGGAGGAUCCGGACCGGAACAAGCUGUUUCUUGGGGGAGUUUCGUGGGAGACCACCGACGAGACCUUGAGGGAGCACUUCUCAAAGUAUGGAACUGUGGUUAGCUCUGUGAUCGCUAAGGAUCGGUGUACUGGAAACCCUCGAGGGUUCGCUUUUGUCUCCUUCUCCGACUCGUCAUCUGUAGACACUGCUCUACAAGAUACACAUGAAAUUCUCGGAAGAACGGUAGAGGUGAAAAGAGCCAUACCAAAAAGUGAGCAACAGCAGAAUAGGGGGUUGAUUAGAAACGGUAGGGUUAACAAUAGGAGUAAUGAUCAAUUUAGGACCAAAAAGAUUUUUGUAGGAGGGUUAUCGGCCAAUCUAACUGAGCAAGACUUUAAGAGUUACUUUGAAAGGUUCGGUAGGAUCACAGAUGUAGUUGUGAUGCAUGACAACAUGACUCAUAGGCCACGAGGGUUUGGGUUUAUUACCUUUGACUCAGAGGAUGCUGUUGAGGAAGUGAUGCAGAAGAAUUUUCAUGACUUGUGUGGCAAACUGGUGGAAGUUAAGAGGGCGGUACCCAAAGAUGGUAGUCUUGGUGGUGUUGGAUAUAAUAAUGCAAGGGUAAGUAGUGGAAGCACUUCCCCCUUUGGUGAUUACCAGCAUGGAAACUAUCCACCUUAUAGUCCUAGAUAUGGUGUUUUCCCUGGUUAUGGGCACAUUGCAGGAUAUGGAAAUGCUGCUGUGUAUCCAUAUGGAACAGGAAUUCUUGGAGGUGGAUUUCCUUCUGGUGGGCUAUACAGUGGUCUUAGUUAUGGAGUUGCUCCUUUCCAACCUAGGAGUCCCUGGAAUGUCCCUUCAAUGACUGGGCCAAGGGGAAGCCCAUUGGUCUAUGGUGGUAGCACUGCCUUCUAUCCUGCUUAUAUGAAUGGUGGUGUUGGCCCAAUGGGCUUUGCUGGUAAUGGAUUUGUGGGGACCGGAAUGCAUGGCGCAUCAGGUUCGACACAUUCUCAGAUUGCCAAUCAGAGCUGGAGAGGUAAUAAUGAACACAACAAAUCUUAUUCUGCUGGUAAGUUCUAACUGAUUAUUUUGUGACCAAAUCUGGAUAUGGUGACAGGUUAGUAAUUUCCCACACAGAUGGAUUUGGGGAAGUCUUGAGGUCAAUUGAUUAGAUGUCCUCUUUAGGACAUCUAUUAAUGUUAUCUGGUGCUGCCUGAUUGUGUCAUUUUAUUAUCAAUAACUUGUGGGUACAGAUUCAAGAUGGAUGUAACAUAAUUCUUUAAAUUCAUUAUCUUUUCGGAGUGCUUUGGCUUUCGUUUUGUUUUCUAUUGUUCUAGAUGUUAAUUUUAAAAAAUUCUUUAUGUAAGUAUAAUGGAAGUUGGAGGUCAUUGCUGCAUAUCCCAUUUAUCCAUUGUGAUUUUGUUUGUUUUACAUAGAUAGUUUCCCGCCUUUGGAGAUGAUUGCUCCCAUUGUAAAUUUCAAGUUCCUUAAAAAUUAAAGAUGCCUUGUUCAAGUUCCCUAGUCCAGGAUUUUGAAAAGGAUGAACAUGUAGUGAGUAUGUUUUUCUUCUGAUUUGAAAACUUACUGAUCAAACCAGAAACAUUAGUGGAUUUGAGAAUCUUUUUACUUUUGCUGUUAAUUGCAUCCACUUGUUUUAACUAAAUCACUGGGGUUAAUUACUUUUGUGACUUAUGGAUUGGUUAAAUACACUGUGUUUUGGUUUGUAAUGUCAUUCUCUUGGCUUGUUAUCCUAGGUAUCAUUUUGUACAUAACACACUUGUAAUUUAGUUUUGAAUCAAAAGACUGAUCCAGUAUCUGUCAUAGCUGCUGCCUAGUUCUUUGCAAUACAUUGUCUUCAUGUUCAUUGGGGUUAUAUUUGCCCAUCUUCGCUUUGGGGGUGAACAACCAAGCAGGGUGAAGACAUGCAGCUAUGCAGCUGUUAUGAUUACUCCCAUAUCUAACUUGUAGUUGUGGAUGUUUCUUUUGUACAGUUAUACAGCACAAGACACAAUUUUGAUUUUUGGUACCACAUUUCAAUUUUGAAAAUGUUUUAAGAUGUGCCAGCCCAUCUGUUCGUAAAUAUUUCCCAG